UCAUUUGUCCUUUAAUUUCCACUUCAUUAGCCCUUCACAUAAUCACGAAAAAAAAAAUCUAUAAUCAUUAAUGAAUCCACCUGUGUUGCCUCUAUAUAAUCGAAGUUUCAUGUCUCUGACCUUUAACCCAUGAUGGAAAAUCCUAGAAAUUUGCCAAAUUCGGUUGGAUUUUGCCUUCUUCCUUCAGAACUCAUCCACCGCAUACUCCUCAAUCUCGCUAUACCCGAAAUCCUUUUUAUCAAAUCUCUCAACAAAUCUUUUUCUGAUUUAAUCUCCGAUCAAAUUUUCGUACGCUAUUACAAUUUGCGAUCAAGGUCUACCACUUGGCUCUUCGUCUUCAAGAAACGCUGGCAUCGCGACUCAGUUCUUCACGGAUUUUCCGAUCAAUCUGAUCGCUGGUUCAAGCUGCAAAUUGCUAAUUUACUCAAACCCCUGAUUUCUCCAGGUGAGAGCAUUUAUUUUCUAGCUGCAAGUGGCGACGUUUUCCUCUUUUCUUUUAACAGUCGCAAGGAAGUUAUUGCCGUUAAUUUGUCUGCCAAGACGGUUAAAAAGAUACCUCCAAGUCCAUUGGGUCCACGUGGCACGUCUUCCUGGCGAAGAUCCGGGAUGAAACUAGUUUCCGGGUCGAAUAGUUUCCGUUUUUUGUUUGCGGAGCUAGUGGAGAAUCGGCCGGUUUUGUUUCUAUACUCGUCCGAAACUGACAAAUGGCUUUCUAUAGAAGCAAGAGAAAAUAUUGAAAGAUUGCCACGUGGAUUCCAAAGAGAGGGUAAUUACAUAUUUCUCAACGUAGUAAAUGGACCGUACGAAAGCGUAAUAAUGAUAGCCGGAUUGGAAACAUUUGAUGCUCCAAUAGUUGUGCGGCCAAGAUUUGAGGGUGGAAGAGAAGAUGGGCAGCAACUAACCGUUGGAUUCAGCUGGGGGAAUGUGAUUGAUCGGCUACACGUGUAUGGUGAUGGACACAUGUUAAUCAUAAAAUCAAACGGAGUAGGUGAUGCGAGUACAGGAGCGAGAAUGUUAAAUGAUAUAGAAUUAUGGGGAUUGGUGACAAGCGGUGGACAGUGGGAGCGUGAUUCGAAAGUUCCAAGUAAAAUAAUUGAGGAGAUUAAGAAGCCAUAUAGGGUAAUAAUGGGGUGCUUAGAGCGCAGAGAAGAGAUAAUUAGGGCAGUUUUAUUGUCUAAUUACGAAGGUUUAUGGGAUAUAAUAUGGCUGUCUUAUGACAUAGGGAGGGGCUAUUGGAAUUGGAUUCCAGUCCCAAAUUGCAACAUGAAAGGCCUGAACAUGGCUGGGAUUGCCUUUUCCUCUGGCCUUAGUUUGUGAAGUUUUUUGUCUGCUUUUGUUUUUGUACAAAUGAAAAAUAGAGAUUAAUGUC